AUUUGGGAAGACAAAAAACAGAAAACUUCCCUCAUUUCCUCUACAACUAACACCAUGACAUCUUCUCAAAUCCCAUCUCCAUCUCAACCCCUUCUUGAAAAUGAACAACACCCCACUACCCCUCCUACCCCCACCCCCACAAAAAAAUUAGCUCUAAUCCCACUUAUUUUCAUAAUCUUUUUUGAGGUAUCUGGUGGACCAUAUGGUGCUGAAGCAGCAAUAGGUGCAGCUGGUCCAUUACUAGCAAUUCUUGGUUUCUUGAUUUUCCCAUUUAUUUGGAGUGUACCUGAAGCACUUGUUACAGCUGAACUUGCCACUGCUUUUCCUGGUAAUGGUGGUUUUGUUAUUUGGGCUGAUAAAGCAUUUGGACCAUUUUAUGGUUCAUUAAUGGGUUCUUGGAAGUUACUUAGUGCUGUUUGUAACUUAGCUUCUUAUCCUGUACUUUGUUUAGAUUACAUUAAGUUAGUUUUUCCAGUUCUUGAUUCUGGUUUACCUAGGUAUAUUGCUAUUUUCUUGAUUACUAUGUUGUUGUCUUUCUUGAAUUAUUUAGGUUUGUCUAUUGUUGGUUAUACUGCUGUUGUUCUUGGUGUACUUUCCCUUUGUCCCUUUUGGUUAAUUACAUUGUUUUCAAUUCCCAAGAUUGAUCCUAGUAGAUGGUUGAGUUUAGGUCAAAAGGGUGUUAAAAAAGAUUGGAACUUGUUCUUUAAUACCCUUUUUUGGAACUUGAAUUUUUGGGAUAAUGCUAGUACUUUAGCUGGUGAAGUUGAACAACCUCAAAAAACAUUUCCUAAAGCACUUUUUUCAGCUGGGAUUGUUACAUGUUUUAGUUAUGUUUUGCCACUUUUGGGCACUACUGGAGCUGUCCCAUUGGAACAAGGUAAAUGGACUGAUGGGUAUUUUGCUAAUUUGGCUGCUAUGAUUGCUGGAAAUUGGUUGAAAUAUUGGAUGGAACUUGGGAUUGUUCUGUCUGUGAUUGGUUUAUAUGAGGCUCAGUUGAGUAGUUGUGCUUACCAAAUUCUUGGAAUGGCUGAGAUGGGGCUUUUGCCUCGAGUUUUUGGUGUUAGAUCCAAAAGGUUCAACACACCUUUGAUUGGAAUUCUUGUACCGACAGUAGUAGCAUUGGUUGUGUCCUACUUGACUUUUUCAGACAUCGUUUCGUCUGUGAAUUUCUUGUAUAGUCUUGGGAUGUUGUUGGAGUUCGCCUCGUUUUUGUGGUUGAGGAGGAAAAUGCCUAGUGCUAAGAGGCCAUACCGAGUGCCAUUAUCGAUGCCAGGCUUGGUGGUGAUGUGCUUUGUUCCGUCUUGUUUUCUGGUUUAUGUUAUGGUUAUCGCUCAUAGGACCGUGUAUAUAGUCAGUGCAUUGCUCACCGUUUUCGCCAUUGCUUGGUACUUCUUCAUGGAGUAUUGCAAAACCAAGAUGUGGUUUGGUUUUGAAAGUGUUGAUCAAGACAAGGUUGAUGAUGAGUAUUUUUAAUUCCACAGAGUUUUGAACUGUGUACUAGCUGGGCCUCGAGGAUUUCUGGAUGUUAAAAAAAAGAAUUGUUAGUUUGAUCUAUUUAUCAUUUGUGAUGUAUUUUACUUGUUUUAAAGUAUUGGUAACAUGAAUAAUAUGAUUAUUUCAAUA